AUGGCCGAGGACGACUUCUGUGUCCUGAGCACCCUUGGGGCCGGCAGCUUCUCUGUCGUCCUGCUGGCCCGCCAUCUUCAGAGCGGCAGAAAAGUUGUCAUCAAGAAGAUGAAGAUGCUGGGGCAGACAGGCCUGGAGAUGGCGCGUCACGAGUGCAACGUCAUGCGAGGUCUGAGCCACCCCAACAUCUUGCCCCUGCUGGGCACCAUAGAGAGGGCAUUCCAACUGCAGCUGGUCAUGCCCUACGUGAGGGGGGGAGACCUGCGGGACUAUCUCUGCCGCAAGGGCCCCAUGAGGGAGGAGGAGGCCAGAAGGGUGUUCCGCCAGUUGGCCUCGGCUAUGGAAUAUUGCCACGCCAAAGGAAUCGCACACAGGGACCUCAAACCUGAGAAUAUCCUCGUGCAAAGCCUGAACCGCAUCAAGAUCACGGACUUUGGCCUGAGUGGCAAUUUUCUCCAGCAUUCCAUGGACAGCCUGCAGGGCACCUUAGGCUACAUGGCGCCCGAGAUAGUGACGGGGGGCACCUACGGCCCCGGGGUGGACAUCUGGAGCCUGGGGGGUAUAAAAGUAUUUUACCAACACAAUUCUCCACAGAGCUUGGAACAUUCCUUAAACGUGAAAAAUGAAAAUCAGCAAAUAGGCCAUUUAGCAAUUAUAGAAUCUGCAAAUAUUAAGAAUAGGCAGUAUAUUUACAAUUGCUAA